AUGGGUGACAAGGGGGUUACUCCUCGGACCUCAAUUUCGUUUUCCUUAAAACAUGUCCAAACCAAGUCUAAUCAAGCAAAAAGUCGAAUCUUGAUUGAUGCAGAUGCUGAUGAACCUGACACGGCGGCCUCAUCGGAUAUACCCUUGGGUGGUAAGAGGAAACGUGAAGUGCCCGCGGCGCCCACGCCUAAAGUGAUACCUCUUUCAUCUGGAACAGAUUGGCGUGAGGAAAGGAAGCGGAGACUUGGUAUCUUAGAUAACCAUGCCGUCCGACAAGGAUCACCGUCGACGUUACAUUCGGAACCCCAUGGCCCCGAGCGAGCCUUUGAUGAGCCGCAGAAGCAAGGGCUUUUAAUUAUACCUACUAGUCAGUCACGAAACCUUGAAAGAGAAAACACACCUCCUCGAAGCAUUAUCACUUCAGGAGAUGUUACUCCUCCUGCUAUCGACACGGGCGAACAAGACACUACUUCCUCGCAAACUUCAGCUGUGCCUCCAUCGGACGACGACGCCAUUCGCGCGCUUUUGUCCAAUGAACCAACGAAUCGUCUGGGUCAAUCGAAGCUUAUUAUUGAGCAGCCUUCCGAAGAAGAAAUGUUUCACCACGAUGUGGACUCGCGCCCUGAUGAGCCUACGCUACAAGACUAUACAACCAUGCCAGUGGAAGAAUUCGGAGCCGCUAUGCUUCGAGGCAUGGGAUGGAAAGAUGGGUCAGGCAUUGGUCGUGAUCAAAAGGGCCCCAUCCACGCACCUAUGGUACAGCGCCGUGCGGCCUUACUUGGUUUAGGCGCCAAGGAACGCGCCCCCCCGUCUUUCUCGUCGCGAAAGCCAAACGACCAACGGCUCUGCGAGAGAGUCUACCGAUCACCCUAG